CCAGAGCCAUUUUCACUGUUGAGUAAGAGCACGCUGCUCUCGGCGAACGAGCGAGAGAAAGAAAGUGCGCGUUCUGGGUUUUCACCGAGCCGUCUUCGCUCGUCCGUCCUCUCCCCCGCUUCUCUAGAAGCGGUUUGCGCGAGCGAGGCCUCGGGGUGGACACACAAUGGGGCGAAGUGCCUGUGGCAACUGGGCCGUUGUGCUGCCGACGGGGGGAGGGGGUAGAGAGCCGACCGGUGCACAGAGCUAACAGAUCCAGCCGGCCCCAGGCCUCUGCGCCUCUCUCUCACUCGCGAGCGAGACUCCGAUUAGAGGCUUCUCAGGAACCGCGAAACCCUUCUCUCAGGACUAUGGUGGACUAACUAUGGAUUAACAUGUAUUUGGCGCAGUGGAUUUUAGGACACAUACGUCAGAACUGGAGAUUUGAGAGCGAGAAGUCGCCGUGUUUUGGGAACGAGUGACGAACUUUUCUUGCCUUUUAGUUCCCUUUCUGUUUUGCUUUUGUGCCGAGAGGAACUCAUAAAUGGAUUACAAAAUGCAUUCCAAGUCCAAUGAUUUGCUGGAUUUUCAGACACUGGAUGCCCUUUUGGAAAAAAUCGCACACUGCUCCGUCCCUGUUAAGAGAGAGACCAGCGAGGAGUGCAAUGGAAUUAGCGGUGCUCUCCCUGUGGAGCCCGCGCCCGGCUCGAGACUGAACGAGUGGUGUUCUGCCCCACCCCCUCCCGCCCCGCUGCCCGCGAUCCACCCCACCGGUAUGGGGGACGGCCUGGACGCAGUGCAGAUGUCGGGGAGCAGCAGCAGCCAGGGGCAGCCCUCGUCCCAGGCCCCUAGCCUCUUUAACCCCUCCCCCCCAGAAACCACUAACCCCGCCCGGCCCAAGCGCCAGACCAACCAGCUGCAGUACCUGCUGAAGGUGGUGCUGAAGACUCUUUGGAAGCACCAGUUCGCUUGGCCUUUCCACUCUCCUGUCGACGCCGUUAAGCUGAAUCUGCCUGACUAUUACAAGAUAAUCAAAAAUCCUAUGGACAUGGGAACAAUCAAGAAACGCUUAGAGAACAGUUACUACAUCAAUGCCCAAGAAUGUAUUCAAGACUUCAACACCAUGUUUACUAACUGCUACAUUUACAAUAAGCCUGGGGAUGACAUAGUCUUAAUGGCAGAAGCACUGGAGAAGGUGUUCCUCACCAAGAUUUCAGAAAUGCCCCAGCAGGAGGUCGAGUUAACGACCACAGCCGGCAAGGGUCGUGGCCGGGGCAGGAGGGAUCCAGACAUGAAUAUAAAGAUUGCGCCUGGCCUGGAGUCAUCCACAAUCCCUCAAACACGUGGCCUUUCCAGUCUUCCCCCUGGGCCACAAACAAGAGGACCACCACAGGGUCCUCCUACUUUACCUCCCCAGCCUACCAUGCAAGCCUUGCCCCCUCGAGUACCCCCUUCGCUCCCUUCGCUUCCUUCGCUCCCUUCGCUUCCUUCACUCCCUUCGCUCCCUUCGCUCCCUCCACAUCCUCCACAUCCUCCGCAUCCUCCGCAUCCUCCGCAUCCUCCACACCCUCCACACCCUCCACACCCUCCCCUUGCGCCUCAAUUAGGGCCACCUUUUUCUAUGGGCCCCACUGACUGCAACCCACAGGUCCCCAUCAUGACGGCUGUGCCUCCUCCGAACCAAACCGCCCUGCCGCCUGUGCACAUACAGCCGUGUGCUCCUCCUAUUCUACAAAGCCCAAUCCCAAUGCCUCACAAACAGCAGAGAAAAAGUCAAAAAAGGAAAGCAGACACCACGACACCUACGGCAAACGACCCGCUGAACGAGUCCUCGCCUGCCGAGUCGAAGUCAGGAAAGACUCUGCCACGCCGGGAUAGUACACGACCAAGCAAACUAUCCAAAAAGGAGGCACCAGACUCCCAGCACCAUUGGACACCCGCCACUGGGACCCACAGCCCCAAGCAACAAGAGCAGCUACGCUACUGCUCCGGCAUCGUAAAGGACAUGUUUGCUAAGAAGCAUGCAGCAUACGCUUGGCCCUUCUACAAGCCAGUGGAUGUGGAUGCUUUAGGGCUUCACGAUUAUCAUGACAUCAUCAAACAUCCCAUGGACCUCAGCACUAUUAAGGACAAGUUGGAAAACAGACAGUACAGAGAUGCUCAGGAGUUUGCGGCAGAUGUGCGGUUAAUGUUCUCUAACUGCUACAAGUACAACCCUCCAGACCAUGAAGUGGUGGCUAUGGCACGCAAAUUGCAGGAUGUGUUUGAAAUGCGUUUUGCUAAAAUGCCCGAUGAGCCAGAGGAAAUGCUGGCACCCGCUCCUGCGCCAGUGCUCCACCCGGCUCCUGUCAAGACACAGCCACCCAUGGGCACGGCCUCGUCCUCGGACAGCUCCAGCGAUUCCUCAUCUGAAUCGGACUCCUCCACGGAUGACUCUGAAGAGGAGAGAGCCCAGAGGCUAGCAGAGCUUCAGGAGCAGCUGAAAGCGGUUCAUGAGCAGCUGGCUGCCUUGUCCCAGCCUCAGGCCAGCAAACCAAAGAAAAAGGAGAAGGAAAAGAAGGAGAAGAAGAAAGACAAGCACAAAAAGAAAGCAGGAGUCAUGCCUGCACUGGAAGAGAUCCUGGAGCCGCCUCCUACCCUCAAGCCUCAAGGAAAGCCUAAGAACAAGGAUCCUCUGCCUAAGAAGCCCAAGAAAAUAAGCAAAAAGGAGGGAGGUAAGGGCAGUCGCUCCAUGGCUCCCCCAGGUGCCGCUCCACCGACCCUGCAGCCUGUGCCGGGCCUGGAUCCUGAGGAGGAUCUGGGUCUGAGCGGAGCCACAAUGGCAGGCAUGCCUGCUGGAGAGAAGUGUAAGCCUAUGUCCUAUGAAGAAAAGAGACAGCUGAGUCUGGACAUUAACAAGCUGCCUGGAGACAAGCUGGGCCGUGUGGUCCAUAUCAUCCAGUCCCGUGAGCCCUCGCUUAAGAACUCCAACCCGGACGAGAUUGAGAUCGACUUUGAGACGUUGAAGCCUUCUACGCUGCGGGAGCUGGAGAGAUACGUGUCGUCCUGUCUUCGUAAGAAGAAGAAGCCUGCCAUUCCAGAGAAGUCUAUGGAGGCAAUGAGUGCUGCAAAGACAAAAGGCUCAUCAUCCGAGUCGGGCAGCAGCAGUGAGUCCAGCUCCUCAGAAAGUGAAGACUCAGAGACAGGGAUGGUUUCUAAGCCGAAGAAGAGGGGGAGAGGUGACGGAAAGAAGGCUCAUCACCAGGCAGUGCCUCCAGGCAUGCCUCAGCCGCAAGUCCCCCAUCAACCCCAGACCCCUGUGCUGCAGCCCAGCGCUCAGCUGAAGCCACAGCCGCAGCAUCCCUCUCCCGCCACUUACAUGCCUCCUACCGUCACAGCUCUGGAGCCCUCGCAGCUCCUGGAAAACCCCUUUGACCCUUUGGCCCACUUCGUCCAGCCCCUCAUGCACCUUCCCCACCAUGCCAAUGACUCACCCUCGCCUGCGCCACCUCACCUCAACGCUCACCCUCCAGGAGGCCCAGUGUCUCCUGAGACGCACCCGUUCCUGAACCAGCACCCCAUCCUUCCAUCCCCAGCCCUGCACAACGCAAUGCCCCAGCAGCCUUCAAGGCCCAGUAAUAGGGCAGCCCCGCUACCUCCGAAACCACCGCAGCAAAGCACGCCCCAGCAGCAGCAGCAGCAACCCCAGCAGACCCUGCCGCAGCAGCUCCAGUCCCAGCAACCCCCUCAGCCCCAGCACCACCUGCCUCCUCACCUGCUGCAUCCUCCCCAGCAAAUCCGCCAGAGGCCCCUCUCCCCACCCACGCUCACUCCCCAGGGCCUGCUCUCCUCGCAGCCCCCACAGAUGCUGCUAGAGGACGACGAGGAGCCCGUGCCCUCCAUGCCCCUGCCUAUUUACCUGCAGCACCUGCAGCCGAACCGCCUGCAGCAGCAGCCACCGACGUCACUAAUGCAGUCUCUGCAGAGCAGGCCGCAGCAGCCGGGCCAGCAGUCUCUGCUGCAGUCAGUGCAGGUUCAGUCUCAGAUGAGCCAGCAGAGCUCCCUGCCCCCACCGCAGAUUCCCGUUCAGACUCAAGCCCAACCGGCAGCGGCGCACCAGCCCUCCCCACAGCUCUCGCAGCAUCAGGCCAGACACAUGCAGCACUCGCAGCAGCUGAGCUUCUCGCAAGGCCCGGUGCAGACCACGCAAACGCAGCCUAGUCAACACAAAGUCUCUAUGCCCUCCACGAAAGCACAGCAGAUUAUCCAGCAGCCAACGCAGCAUCACUCUCCACGUCAACAUAAGUCUGACUCCUAUAACUCAGCACAUAUGCGAGAUAACCCCUCCCCGCUCAUGAUGCAUUCCCCUCAAAUCUCUCAGUAUGCUUUAGUCCACCAGUCCCCACCUCAGGCAAAAAAGGAACAACAGCAAGGUCCUUCAGUUUUGGGUGGCAUUAAAGAAGAGAAGCUGCCUCCUUCACCUGUGAUGCGCGGUGAGCCCUUCAGUCCAGCCAUGAGACAAGACCCUCAUAAACACCCUGAGAGCAAACCCACAAUGCCAGGCCACAGCCAGAAAGCAGAUAUGAAACCACUUGAAAGUUCCCGUCCUGUCAUCCGCUCCUCUGAGCAGAGCGGUCCUCCACCAUCCAUGCAGGACAAAGAGAAAUUCAAACAGGAGCCCAAAACUCCUGUGGCGCCUAAAAAGGUACAGGAUGUGAAACUGAAGAACAUGGGUUCCUGGGCGAGCCUGGCACAGAAAUCCACCUCCACUCCCUCGUCUGGUCUGAAGUCCUCCAGCGACAGCUUCGAACAGUUUCGACGUGCGGCCCGAGAGAAGGAAGAGCGAGAGAAAGCCUUGAAGGCCCAGGCCGAGCAAGCUGAGAAAGACCGUCUGCGCAGAGAACAAGAGAAACUAAGGGGACGAGAUGAGGAGGACUCCAUUGAGACGUCUCGAAGGCCUCAGGAGGAGCCCCGCAGGCGGCAGGAGCAACAGCAGGUCCAGCCACCGCAGCAGCAGCACCAAACUCAGCCCCAAGCCCAGAACCCGGCUCAGCCGCCCUCGGCCCCGCAGCCUUCCCAAGGCCCGCCCCAGUCCCCCGCCGCUUCCCAGAGUGCACUUGACCAGCAGAGGGAGCUUGCACGUCGCCGGGAACAGGAGAGGAGGAGGAGAGAGGCGAUGGCAGCUACUAUCGACAUGAAUUUCCAAAGCGACUUGAUGGCUAUCUUUGAGGAGAACUUGUUCUGAAGCGCGAGGGGAAGCGAGAAACUGCGAAAACUGCUCACGGAUUCCUCUGCACGGACAGAAUGAACUGAAAAAGCAGUAAGGGAAAAAGACCCCAUCUGACCACAAGAAACACUGAAGAGGCUGAACUAGCGAUGCAUAAGCUGAGGCCCUGAGAGAGGGAGGCUGUAGCUCUCCUUUUGCCUUAGCAGAAAGAGGGACCCUCACACUGGGACGGCACCGCCUCUCCGGCAUUCCUCCUGGAUUUGCCAUUGUGACCACGGCGGGAAAGAGAGGACUUUGCGUUGUGACUCUUUACUUCAGAAUACGGGAGCAAUGGACAAUGCGACGCGCCGGAGGAAUACCGACGGAACGACAACAAAAUGAAAUGUACUGAUUCUCUGUACUACGGCAUCCGUCGUCUGCCAGAUGUCUGUGGGGGGAUUGGAAAACGUCUUUGUUUCCUUGUUUGAUUUGGUUUCCCUCCCAUCGUUUCGUUUUCGCUGUAUCCUUAUCCCUACCCCUUCUUUUUCGCGAGGCAAAUGGCAGGAUGGGAUCGGGGGCACUUAAGAUGAUCUUCCUCGGGAGAGGAAGUCCAGCUCGCCUUACACCUCUGACUCGUAAACCAUGACAAAAACAAAAAAACAAUAUUCACCAGGGGCUGUGACAAAUGACUAAACAUAUGGUGUGUUUCACACUGUUAUCAUGUGCAGAUUUUUCAUUAUGUAGGAUCUACUGUAAAAAGGUAUUUUCUUAAUUACUGUUUUGGUUGAUUGGUUGCUUGUACUUUUGUUUCUCUCUCUUUUUCGUUGUCGUUUUUUCUUUUUUAAGAUCUUUUUAACUCUCUUACCAACACCUUACCCUCUGAUGUCUAUGCCAAACACCCAUAUCCUUUUGCGCUGAUAGCCGAGACCCGAAACGCUUCACUCUUAACAUGUCUUUCUAAAUAUAUAAAUAUAUUUUCUUGUUCUCCCCACUCGUCAUUAAAAGUUUAGGUAGCCUUGUAGAAAAUAAACCCUAAUAUAUGCAUUAUUCUGACAAGUGUUAAUCGAGGACAGAAUCAUGGAGAUACGCUUUCAUCGCUCAUCGUUUUCAUGUAAACCCGGCGGGGCGAUCUCGCCACGGGCCGGAGCGUUGACCUGGGCGGGCGGUUUCUGAGCAUCCUUUCGUUCGAAUAUAAUUUAAAGAAUACGAGAACUAUUUUAAGUGUAUUAUACGUAUAGAAGGAUAAACGACUGGUACACGCGUUCGAUCGAGAGCGUCAUGCGAACCCCGGGCCCAAGCGACGGAGCUCUCAGCUGGUUUCUGCAUGACUCCUCCUCUUUUUCUUUUCACAGAUCGUUUUAUUACACCUGCACAGAGAGGACUCUGUUAUGCUGUGCUAGAUAUAAUGACAAAUAAUUUCGAAAGAAACAAAAAAGCUAAAAAAAAAAAAAAAAACAACAAAAAAAAUCAAACCGUUCUGAUUUAUCAUUGUUCUUGUUCGAUUAUAGUGGAUGUGUUCUAAUUCUGUUAUUUGACUCGGCGAGGGGGGCCGGGGGCACAAUUCGAGACCUUGGCAGGUCCUCUGACUUUUCUCUUAUAGUGUUUUCUCCAGUGCCUGUAUUGUAUUGCGAUUCUAGUUGGCAUAUAUUAUGUUCUGGGAGGGGCGAGGGAGGGCCACGGUCGGACGGGGAGGGGAAAAUUGGGGCUUUGGGGGCGGAGCUUGUGUUUAAGAGACAAAAAAAGGAAAGUGAACAUUUUAUAUUUUACCCAUUUACAAUAUUCAGGUUUAAAUCUAGUUUUAGCUGGACUUCUUAAUUAUACACCGAACAACUAGUUUUUCGUUUUCUCGAAACUGCUAAGAGGACAUGUCCGAUCAUCAUCAUCAUCAUCACCCAUCAUCGUGUGUGUGUGUCUGGAUGUUUGGAUGUGUACGUCAUGUCAGUACGGUUGUCGGUGUGUGGCUGGGGAGGGUGUUCUUACCCGGAGGUUUAAAUCGCAACAACACCAUUUAAAACGAUGCUUUGCGAAUUUUUAUUUUGGUUCUUGUUUUUCCUCAUGAAGUCCACUUAUUAUAAAUAUCUAUUUUUUUUCUUUUGCUUUUCGUUAAUUUGGUCUGUAAAAGUUCAAAUAAGAGAAACACCUUCAUUCCUUCAAGCCUUUACAUGUAUUUUCUUUUCCAUGGUAACAGUUGGACAUUAUGUGCCAUAGAUUUCGGAUUCUCCGGAGAAUGUGCUGACCUGCAGCUCAGCAGAGAGUUUGCUUUAUUCAGGUAUUUUGUUAUUUUCUUUUGUUGUUUUUUUUUCUUUUGGGUUUGUUUAACAUUUUCCUCGAUUACUGUUUGGUAUGUGCGUGGGUUAUCGAGGUCAAUGGUUCAAUCUGUUAUGAUCAUGAAAUAAAC